UGGUUGAGUUCGCAUCGUGUAUAUUUUAUAAAAAUAAAUUUCGAAUUAAAUAAAAUAUAAACACAAAAAAUCGAGGGAAAACUUAAAAAAAAAAAGCAACAUUUUGUGUUUUUUUUUUGUUGUUUUUGAAAAUUAUCUUUUCGCUUAUAAUUUUUCAAAUAAAAAUUUAUUUUGGAGAAGAAAUUCAAAAAAAAAAAUAAAAUAAAAGACCCGUUCGUUACAUAAAAAUGAAAAAAAUACGGUUGUUAAUUCUGUUAAAAAAAAAUUAAGAAAAUUUGCUAAAAAAAUAAUUUUUAAUUGAAGUGCGAAAAAAUGAUCCGUUCUUUAUUGUUGUAAAAUAAAUAUCCAAAAAAAAAAAAUUUGAAAUAUAAAGUGCUAGUGUACUUAACAGGCAUAAGGUAUAACAGAUUUUAUACAAGUAGUAUAAUGGUUUCCAAAUUCUUGUAUUGAAAGUAAUAAAAAAAAUUCAAAGUUAAAAUUAUUUAUUGAGUAAUAAUAAAAAAAGGGUAACAAAAAAAAUAAAAAAACAGAGCAAAUGUUUAUUGAAAAAAUUGUCAAAAUAUUUUACGAAAUUUAAUUUUUAAGAAAACGAAUGUCAAACACACAUGCAUACAUAGCACACAUUUAUACGUAAAAAUCGAAUGAAAAUAUGUGAAUUAGUGGAAAAAUUAUUAAAAAAUAUUUUCAAAAGUUAAAAUAUUUUUAAUAAUAAUUAAUUGUAUUUCCAAAAAUGAGUUAAAAUUUAAAUAAUAAUUUAAAUAAUUAUGAAAUCAACUUGAGAAAACAAAAAUCGAAAUUAAAACAAAAAAAAUUUCUUAAACGAAACCAAAACUUAAAAAUUUAAAAAAAAAAAAAUAAUCCUGAAUUUUUUAUUUUGGUUAUACCUACAUACAUACAGACCUACCAAUUUUAAAGUGAAACCAUUAUGGAGUCUAGGCUACAAAGUAAUGAAAUAAGGAUACCAAAACGUUUUAUAACAUCAACAUCAUCUACAUCAUCAUCUGCCGCUACAAUUUUAUCAAACUGUAACAAUUCAAGUUUAACUUCAACAACUGGUAUACAAUCAUCAUCAUCAUCAUCUAUAAUACCAACAUCAGUAGCAACAACCAGUUAUCUUGCCAUUAAUUUAUCAAAUUCAGGAAAUAAUUCAUCAAAAACAUCCACCGGUAAUAUAAAUACUAACAGUAAUACAAAUAAUAUUAUUAGUAAUAAUACCAAUAAUAUUUUAAAAUCAACAAUAAUUACAUCAAAUAAUAUUGGUUCUGUAUCAUCAUUAUCAUCAAAAAAUUAUCAAACAGCUCCUAAUAAUAUUAAUAACAAAACAAUGGAAUAUUUAAAUUUUAAAUCAGAUAUUUUAACAAAAUUAUCAACAGAUAAAAUUAUAACAACAUUAGCAACAUCUGGAAUAGGUACAACAAAAACAACAGUACCAUCAAAUAUAUUAUUAUCAUCAACAACAUCAUCUCCAUUAUCAUCAUCAUCAUCAUCAUCGUCAACAACACCGGCAUCAAAUAAUAUAACAAUACUUCCUGAUUUUGAUUUAGAUACACCAUGUCAAUAUUUUAAAAGUUCUUUUGCACGUUCACUUUCAUUAGCUGGUUCUAAUCCAGUUGGCAGUGUUGGCGGUAGUGAUAUUAUAACAAAUUGUAAUACAACAAAUCAAACAAAAUCAUUAGAUUUUGGUAUAAAUUUUAAUUUAUCAAGAAAUUCAUCAAUUACUGAAGAAACAACACAACAAUUAUUAAUAAGUCAACAAAAUAUAACAUCAUCAUCAUCAACAAUGUUAUCACCACCUCCAUUACCAGUAAUAACAACAACUUCAUCAUCAGGAUUAAUAUUUAGUACAUUUCAUGAUAAUUUACAUUAUAAUACAUUGAUUCAACAACAACAGCAACGUAAUAAAAUUAAUCAAAAAAUAAUGUCUUCAACAAAUAAUGAUUCAUUAGAUUCAAAUAUUAGUAAUGGUAUCAAUGGAACAGAUAUAUCUAAUGGAACUAUAAAUAAUUCUACUACCAACAAUAUUAUUACUAAUAACAAUAGUACAUCAUUAUGCAGUAGCCCUAGAAAAAUGAAAUUUUUGAAUAGUACUACAAAUAAUAAUAUAAAUAGUAACAACAAUAACAAUAAUAAUAGUAAUACAAGUAACAGCAAUUUAAAUAGUAAUAACAGUAAUGUCUGGUCUACUUCAACAACAUCAUCAGCAUCAUCACCAUUAUCAACAGUAUCGCCUUCAUGCAAUAAUUCAGUAUCUUCGUUAAGAAAACAGAAUUUCAACCGGCGUAGUUUGGAUUCUUCUGAAAUAGAGCUUUUAAGACUGAGAAAGUUGUUGGUGUUCAAUUUAACCCAUUUGUUUGUUGUUGUUUUUGUUACAAUUUGGCAUAACAAAGUUGGUAAAAUUUCAUACAAAUAA